CAGCCGCCAUGGCGUCUCAGCUCCGGCUCCGCUCUGCGCUGGCCCUGGUCACAGGUGCGGGUAGCGGCAUCGGCCGUGCGAUCAGCGUGCGCCUAGCGGCAGAGGGCGCCGCCGUGGCCGCCUGCGACCUGGACGGGGCCGCGGCACAGGACACGGUGCGGCUGCUGGGAAGCCCGGGGAGCGAGGACGGGGCGCCGCGCGGCAAGCACGCUGCCUUCCAAGCGGAUGUGUCUCAGGGCCCCGCAGCCAGACGCCUGCUGGAGGAAGUGCAGGCCUGCUUUUCUCGCCCGCCAUCUGUCGUUGUGUCCUGUGCGGGCAUCACACGCGAUGAGUUUCUGCUCCACAUGUCAGAAGAAGACUGGGACAGAGUCAUAGCUGUCAACCUCAAGGGCACCUUCCUAGUCACUCAGGCUGCAGCCCAGGCUUUAGUGUCCAGUGGCGGUCGUGGCUCCAUCAUCAACAUUAGUAGCAUCAUUGGAAAGGUGGGGAAUAUCGGACAAACGAAUUAUGCGUCGUCCAAAGCAGGAGUGAUUGGGCUCACCCAGACUGCGGCCCGGGAGCUUGGACGACAUGGAAUCCGAUGUAACUCGGUCCUCCCAGGGUUCAUUGCAACGCCCAUGACCCAGAAAAUGCCAGAGAAAGUGAAGGACAAGGUAACUGCAAUGAUUCCGUUGGGACACAUGGGGGACCCUGAGGAUGUGGCAGAUGUGGUUGCAUUCUUGGCAUCUGAAGACAGUGGAUACAUCACAGGGGCCUCCGUGGAAGUCAGUGGAGGUCUUUUCAUGUAACUGCCUGAUGGAAGCCGGACUCUGCUCACUCCCCCACCACUGCCUGGCCCUCCUGCUGAUGAGGACGCUAAGUUCCCAGGCUACAAAAGAGAUGGCAGUGUGUGGCUCAGGCAUGCUGAAUAUGGAAGGCAGGGGUGCUUGUGACCCUAAUAAAUUCCAAAUCCUCUUCCCUGCCA